AAGUGCCAACUCAAGCAGCAGCAGCAGCAGAUUGUGCAACUAAACCACCACCCACCACACCCAUCCUAUUGUCACUCAGGUUUCAUCCAAUCGAUCCCAUGGCGGAGGAGAAACACCACCACUUGUUCAGCCGCCACAAGAAGGACGAGGAGCAGCCCGCCGGCGAGUACGGCACCGCCGCGACCGAGUACUCAGAGACCACGGUGACGGAGGUGGUGUCCAACGACGAGGAGUACGACAAGUACAACAAGGAGGAGAAGGAGCACAAGAACAAGCAGCGCCUCGGCGAGGCCGGCGCCAUCGCCGCCGGCGCCUUCUCACUCUACGAGAAGCACGAGGCGAAGAAGGACCCGGAGCACGCGCGCCGGCACAAGAUCGAGGAGGAGGUCGCGGCGGCGGCCGCCGUGGGCUCCGGCGGGUUCGCCUUCCACCAGCACCACGAGAAGAAGGAGAACCACAAGGAGGCGGAGGAGGCCUCCGGCGAGAAGAAGCACCACCACCUCUUCGGCUGAUCGUCCGUCGAGCUUGCACGGCCCGCCUGAGCGUGUGUGAGAGAGUAUAUAUACAUGAUAGACUGACAGGUGGGGCCGUGCGUCUGGUGUCGGAUUUUCUGCGCACGUGUAUAUGUUUGCAUGUUGAAUAAGGGAGCCGGCUGGUGUGUUACGUGGCUCCAUCGGUGCGAUUACAUCAUGUGUGUAUAUGUACUGCGUAUGUAUACAGGGAUUUCAAUUUUAUUUUACAAUUUUUUGUUCUCUGC